AUGGCGGACGGAGAUUCGCACGCACAAGAUACCCCGGCAGGCUACCGGGUCGUCUGCGACGGCGACGUCUGCCGCCUCGUCCCCGAUUCCGCCUCGAAGGACGAGAGCUCGCCCGCGCCCGUCUCCACUGAGGCCGACAAGCCGGAAGAGGUGGAGUUCACGCAGGGCGGCAACCCGGCCUUCGUCGCUCUCCAUAUCAACACGGAGGUACGCGAUCAGUUGGUGGACUUCGGGUUCUCCCGACUCCGAGCAGAGAAGGCCCUGUUUCACGUGAGCCAGCAGCCGGGCGCCGCGAGCAUCGAGGCCGCCGUCGAGUGGCUCGAGGCGCAUGCAGAUGACGAGGACAUUGACAGCCCGAUCACCGAGCAGGAGAAGCCGAAGGAAAAGGUCGUCCUGACGGAGGAGGAGGCACAGCGGCGAGCCUACGAACUGCAAAGGAAACUCCGGGAGGACCGUCUUGAAAGAGAGAAGAAAGAGGCGAUUGAACGCGAGAAGCGGCGCCUGGCGCAGACCAAGGCGAUGCUCGAGCAAAACGCGAAACUGGAAGAAGAGCAGCGGAAAAGGCAGCUCGCCCAGCUGCAAAAAGAGAAGGAGGACCACAAGAAAGAACGGGAGAGACAGCGUCAGUUGCUCCGCCAGGAGUACCGCGAGCGCUUCGGCUGCGAGAUGCCAGAGGAGGAAGACACAACGGAGGAGGGCGCGGCGUCGCGGCUGAAGAAAAUGAGCGGAAAGGAGAAAGUUGCGUACUGGUGCAACGUGCUGAUGAAGAAGUACAGAAAGGACCAGAAGGACGGGCUCCGCGUGUGCUUCACUACACUCAAGACGUACUGCGGCAACGCCAAGGAACAUCCACUGGAGGAAAAAUACCUCAGCAUCCGCAAGGAAAACAACGCAUUUAAGUCUCGUGUGCUGCCUUUCGAGGGCGCAUUGGAGCUGCUCGACGUCUGCGGCUUCAAAGAUCAAGGCGAAUUCCUCGUCAUUGAAGGGCAGCCCGACGGAUUCGUGCUCGGGCAAGCGCUAAAGUUCAUCGACGUCCUGCUUGAUCAGCUGCGGAGCUAG